AUGCUAGGGGUGCGAGAGAUGCUAAUGGAGACCGGGCUUGCGCCAGCGCUGUCCAUGCAGCUGCACGUAGAAAACCAAGCGGUUAUGAUCCAGAUCGCUGGCGAAGCGUCGUUGUUGAAGGCAAAGCACGUGGACGUUCGCCACAAGUUUUUGUGA